AUGGGAUACUACAUCCGUCGCGGCAGCAAUACUGGUCACUGGGUGGUGUACCUUGAAGGCGGUGGAUAUUGUUGGGAUGCGGCUUCGUGUGGCGCGCGAUGGCGGCGUAGGCCCGCGCUUAUGUCCUCUUCUCGGUGGCCGCGUAGCCGACGCGCCCCGGCAUUACUCUCUGCCGAUCCAGUCGCUAAUCCUCUCUGGCAUGAUUCUACACACGUGCUCCUGCCUUACUGCUCCAGUGACAUGUGGGCAGGUACACGAAUCCACCGCAAUGGAUCCUUCGUUUUUGCUGGCCGCCUCAUCGUGAGGACAGUUCUUCUUGAUUUACUCCGGCUCGGACUUUCCGGACGCCUCCUCCUCGUCGGCUCGAGUGCAGGGGGUACAGGAGUCAUGCUCCACGCUGAUUCCGCGAGGCGUAUGUUACGUCAUCACGGUGUUCGUGUUGCAGUUUUGUCAGAUUCUGGCUGGUUUUUGGACAGACCGGCACGCUCUCGACGACUCCCCGCUGAAACUGUUGCAAAGUUAGGACAUGCAUUGUGGCGUGGCGCUCCACCGAGUUCCUGCAUACGCAAGCAUCCUUUGAAGCCAUGGAUGUGUUAUUUUGGUUAUCAUCUUUACCCGCACAUAAAAACACCAUUGUUUGUGUUUCAAUAUUUAUUUGAUUCGGCGCAACUAGCUGCCGAAGGAGUUCGCGCGCCAAGAACUCGAGCUCAGUGGAAUUCAGUGCAUGAAACAGGUGCCGCUUUACGAGUUAGUUUGAAAGGAGUAAGGGCGACUUUUGCACCUGCUUGUUUAGCGCACGGUGCACUUGCUCGACCCGAAUGGCUUGCUAUAAAUGUAUCAGGCGUUUCCCUUCCACGAGCUAUUGGCUGUUGGGAGCGCCGUCUUGGAGGGGCUAAUAGGCAAGAAAAGGGAGGUUGUGCUCCACGGAGGCUCAUUGAAAGAUGUUCCUGGCCACAAUGCAACGGUUCUUGUCCGCGGUUACGAGAUCCACGAACCGGUGAGGAGGUUGCUCUGGCAACUUUACUUCAGAGCUUUGGUCUUGAUGUAAACGGUGCAGCGGCUGCUAUGGGAUUGGACGCACGUGCUUUAUCUAGAAUGAGUCGUGCAGAAUUAUUACCUCUCUUGGCUCCACAUACGUGA